AUGGAUCUAGCAGAAAUUGCAAAGAAACUGAAUCUCUCGGAAACCAAGCAUCUCAUUCGAAAAGCAGCGGAGCUCCGUCGUCUCUGCGAUGUUCACUUCGAUUCCUCCGUCAUCGGAGUCGGAGAGGUUUGUAAGGCUAUUAUCUGCUUAGAAAUCGCAGCCACCAGUUUUCAAGUGAUUUUCGAUAGGCAAGCUGCUAUAAGAUUGAGUGGAAUGUCUGAGAAUGCCUACAAUAGAUCCUUCAAUUCGUUGCAGAACACUCUCGGUGUCAAGACAAAGCUGGAUAUUAGAGAAUUGGGGAUUCAAUUCGGUUGCAUUAGGCUCAUUCCUUUGGUAAAAAAUGGUUUAUCACUGUACAAGGACCGGUUUGUUGCAUCACUGCCUGCUUCAAGGCGAGCAAGCGCUGACUUCACCAGACCUGUGUUCACCGCAGUUGCAUUUUACUUGUGUGCGAAAAAACACAAGCUCAAGGUAGACAGGCUUAAGUUGAUCAAAGUUAGUGGCACGUCGGAAUCUGAAUUCAAUUCUGUAUUUGCUUCCAUGAAGGAUCUCUGCUAUGAUGUUAUUGGGAUCUCAAAGGAAAAAAAAGAUCCUAGGGAGGUGAAGGGGAACCGAGAACUUCUGGAUGUGCUUCCUGAGAAAAGGAAAUUUGAUGAUGGUGGUUAUUCAUCUGAUGACGAAACAGAGGUUUCUAGUCACAAGAAGCACAAAAGAAUGGACAAAGCUGCUUAUGAGGAGUGGAAAUCCUGUGUGUUGUCAUCCAAUAAAAACAACAAGACAAAAGGUCCUUGCAAGCAGAGUGUGCAAACUUCCCUCGACUUUUUGAAAGGAUCUCCCGAGAAGGCAAAGCGGGAGGCAUUAUCAUAA